AUGCCUGCUGUUUCUAACGGUUUCCCCGAUACGUUCCUGGCGACCACUCCGCUGGCAGCCAAAAAAGAAAGCAAUCAUAAUCAUACGAACACUGCUCUACUCUACUUCAGACAUGCCCACAAUGCUAAGACCAUAUUCUUGGGACCCAUGCCUAUUCGAGACUUCCUAGGCUUUUUGCCCGAGACGGAUACAUCACGAAUGCCGACUGCUGUGGACGCGUUCAACGACAUUCCUAAGGAUGCCCAGGCAAUGCGCGAUAUCUCUAUACCUCUCAUUGCUGCUUUGAACGAAGGAGGGACGCGGAAGUCCCGUUGUCCGGGGUUCGUCUUCAAGGACACAACCGCAAGUGGCUUAGAUCAGGCAAAAUCAGGAUUCUUGAAUCCUGAUAUUUGUUGCUAUGCAAAUGAAGUCGUCGACUUGGUCAACAUAGAAAAGAAGACGGCAGGAUCGCUGGGCUAUGCAGACUUAUAUAUUAACGUGGCACUGAACUCGAAUCUGGAAUUUUUCACGGAUCCUGCCCCGGGCGUUGAUCGUUCCUCUCACAAUUUCAUUCGCGACAUCGACGAUGAACGUACUCGUAAACACUCUCAACUUGCUUUGGGGAGGAACCUAGCAUGUGCGGUCGAAGCCUUUGCACGCCAGCACCGCAGCUUCUACUUCUCGAUCUCCCUGUCUGGAUCUAGCGCUCGACUUAUUCGCUGGGAUCGUGCUGGUGCGAUUGCCUCGCAAUCAUUCGAUUUGCAUGAAGAACCUGAACCCCUCUGCGAAUUCCUAUGGCGAUACGCCCAUGCGUCAAUUCCACUCCGCGGGUAUGACCCCACAGUCGAACCUGCCAACUCAAAUGAGGAAGAUCUGUUUAAGAGGGCCAUAGAGCGCCACGUCAAGCUUCAAUUGGGUCUCAGCGACGGAAAAGCAGUAGCGAUUGCCUUGGAGGAGCACUAUCAGCCGAACACCGUAGCAGUCAUCAACAUGAUUGGCGAGGAUGAUGUGGUACGUCGCUUACUUGUAUCUCGACCCGUUGUGUCUCCUCUCUACAUGACGGGUCGUGGGACACGUGGAUACUGGGCGGUAACCGCCGACGGUCCGGUCAACGAGGUUGUGUUUUUGAAGGAUACGUGGCGGUGCAAUGUGCUAGGGAUGAAGGAGGGUGAUAUUCUCGCAGACCUGUUGGACGCUGGGGUGCCGAACAUCACACGGUUAGUCCAUCACAGAGACGUGCUGGAGCAGCUGUCGGUGGCAACCAUGAUAGAUAAGGAUGCCCCCGCGUACAAGGACAAGAAUGACGACGCGGAAAUAAGUCUGGAUGCCAGUGACAGCAAGAACGGAGGACAAAGUACACGAGUUACAUACCUAGGGUUGCAGUACACGCAAACAAAUCGAUACCAGAACGUUGACUGGGUGUGCAAAGGUGGUCGUCAGAAAUUUUAUCUUCCAUCUUACGUGCACUACCGGCUAGUGGUGGGCACAGCAGGCUAUGGACUGCAACGAUUCCGAGGGACCGAAGAGCUGCUUCAUGCAACUUAUGAUACGUAUCAAGCUAUGAUGUCCGCCUUCAAUAUAGAGGAUCCUGACAGGCGGAGGCUUCACUGCGACCUUAGCCUCUCCAACGUCAUUUUGUACAACGAUCCAAAUGUAAACAGCAACGUUAGGCGUGGAUAUCUCAUCGACUGGGAGCUUUCGUGUCUUGUGACUGAAGCGGAACGCUCUUCCAAUCAGCACAAAACAGGCACCUUCCAGUACAUGUCGCACCGUCUGCUACAAUCGAAGAAUACCCACCAUACAGUCCAGGAUGACAUGGAAUCCUUGUUCUACGCCGUCCUCUACUGCAGCCUGCGGUAUCUGCCACACGAUCGAAAACCAGAAUACUUGGCUGCCAUCCUGGAAAGACUUUUCGAUGCUGGUUUUAUUAACAACGAUGGCAUCCGAAUGGGGGGCGACGGGAAGAUCUCCAACAUGGUCACGCGGUGCUAUACCGGCGAUGUAAAUUUUGCGAGCCCUGCAAUCCAGUCAUGGCUUGAAGAAGUGAUGAAUUUCAAUGCAGACUAUGCCUUGAAACGGGACACGCAGUCCGCGAAGAUCUGGGCGGAUCCUGCAAGAUUUGCCGUAUGGUGGCGUGAGUUUCUCGACGCCCACCAGCUCCUUCGUGACGACCGGUUCGAACACUGGUUGCCUCCGCCACCUCUCCCUCGUGGCAUGAUGUCUUACCUCUCGACCUCGCAGUCGUCUGUAUCGCAUAGAUCCAGUUCUGGGACAUCCUGGUAUGGGUUUGAAACUUCUCCCGCAAUGAAGCGCAAGGCUGAAGACGAUCCCGCUGAUACUCGAGCGCUGAAGCGCUGCAUACCCGCAAUGCACCAAGCAUGA